UUUUGGAUUUGGACACUUGGCCUCUCCACAGUAAAUACACAGGCCAGCUAAUAUAAAGACCACAGAUCAUAGUAUUGACUCAACCUACGGCUUGAAGACCUGCGAAACGAAGAAGGACCUAGAUCACUCUCAUUGUAUGUCAAGAAUGGUUACUCAGAUAAUCAGCACCAUGGAAACCCAGGUGUCCAACGGUCCGAGCGGAACCAGCCUGCCUAACGGGCCAGUCAUCAGCACCAACGGUGCCACAGACGACAGCAAGACCAACCUAAUCGUCAACUACCUGCCUCAGAACAUGACCCAGGAGGAAUUCAAGAGCCUGUUCGGUAGCAUCGGAGAGAUUGAAUCCUGCAAACUGGUCCGAGACAAGAUUACAGGCCAGAGUUUGGGCUAUGGGUUCGUAAACUAUGUGGAUCCCAAUGACGCAGACAAGGCCAUCAACACUCUCAACGGUCUCAAACUGCAGACCAAAACAAUUAAGGUUGUUGCUGUAGAUGAGAAUGUGUUUCAGGUCAACUUUCCUGCAAUAAAAAUGAUUUAG